AUGGCGAAUGUGAACGCCUCGGUGUGUAAUCUAGAACGCUACAAGUGCUCUGACAAGGGCAUGAUCCUCCCGCUGGUGAACGAGUAUUCCUGGUCUCUAGAAGCACGGAUUAUCGUCUAUCUCAUCGGCAUGUUAUGGAGUUUCAUGGGUGUGUCCAUAAUAGCUGAUAUCUUUAUGCAGGCCAUAGAGACAAUAACCAGCAAAACAAGAGUCAUCGAAAUUCCUGAUCCCGAUUUUCCGGGAGAGAAUAAACAAAUUCAUGUAAAAGUCUGGAACGACACGGUGGCCAAUCUAACUUUGAUGGCCCUGGGUUCCAGCGCUCCCGAAAUCCUUUUAUCCGUCAUUGAAAUUAUUUGGAACGGAUUCCGAUCUGGGGACCUAGGUCCCAGUACCAUUGUGGGUUCGGCGGCCUUCAAUCUUCUGUUCAUAACGGGCGCCUGUCUACUGGUGAUCCCAUCUGGAGAGGUGCGAAGGAUCAGAAGUAUCAAGGUAUUCGCCGUAACGGCUGCAUUCAGUGUGUUCGCAUACCUGUGGCUCAUCGUCAUUCUCCUUCUUAUCACCCCUCAUUACGUGGACCUCUGGGAGGCCUUCCUCACCUUACUCUUCUUCCCAUUCCUCGUCAUCAUCGCUUUCCUCACCGACAAGGACUACUGUGGAAGAAAAGCCGUGGGGGACAGCACAGCCGGGCUGAAGAUUGAUAUUCACACGAUGUCUGUGACAGGGGAGGAUGCUGACAAGGCUUUGGUAUCUUCUGUUGUGAAGAGAAUAGGCAGGACCCCAAACAUAUCGGACGUGACUGUGGCGAAGAUAACAGCCAAGUACAUCCAGGAGAAUUCCCACCACAGCCGUGCCUGGUAUCGUAUGAACGCCAUUCGGCAAAUGUCGGGAUCACAACCGCUCGUCCCGAAGCUUACCGAGGAGCAGGAGGAGCUUCUUAGUAGACUGUACAGUAACAAAGAGUUUGACUCUGAAACCCCGGUUCGCAACUCGGCCGCCAUUGUGAACAAAGCCAUUCUAGAGUUUGCUGCCUCAACAGUAGCCAUCUUGGAAAAAGACAAGAGGGUCCGAAUUGUGGUAAACAGAGGGGGACGCCAGAAUAACAGGGUCAUUUUCAAGGUGGAGACGGUUGACGGCACAGCCAAGUCGGGUGAGGAUUAUCGCCCCUUAAAACAGACACUCGUCUUUGAGCCGGAUGAAGUGAUCAAACCAAUAGACAUUGAGAUCAUCGAUGAUAACCAAUGGGAGCCGGAUGAGGUGUUUUUUGUAAGGCUGACAGUAGAAUCGGGCCAGGGUGCCAUAGUUGGGGACAAGGCAGUCUGCCAGGUCACCAUUUUGAAUGACGAUGAUCCCGGUACAUUUCAGUUCAGUGGACCUAGUUACUUGUUCAAGGAAAGCUGUGGUAAAGCUCUGAUUCCCUUGGAGAGACUGAGUGGAGCGGAUGGCAAAGUCAGCGUUAAAUGGAAGACUACAGACAUGUCCGCCGUAAAUGGAAAGGACUUUAAAGGAGGAGAGGGCGAGCUGAAGUUUUUCCAUGGAGAAGUCAGCAAGAUGCUGGAGAUACCCAUUUUCGAUGACCAGGAAGCAGAAAAAGAUGAAAACUUCCAAGUGGAGCUGAUAAGCACAACAGGCGGUGCAAAGCUGGGACGAAUCACACGCGCAGUCAUCACCAUUGUUAACGAUGACGACUACAAUGGUCUGGUUAGUAGAGUUGUGAACAUGACCAAUACGAACCUGGAUAACGUCCGGCUCCAGACGCAGUCCUGGGGAGACCAGUUCAAGACAGCUAUGAACGUUAAUGGAGGAGAUGUGGAGACAGCUACCUUCUUCGAUUAUAUGAUGCAUUUUUUCACUUUUGGAUGGAAGGUUAUCUUCGCCCUGGUGCCACCUCCCUCUAUUUGGAAUGGUUGGUUAGCAUUCAUCAUCGCCCUCGCCUUCAUCGCCAUCUUGACGACUUUCAUUGGAGAUCUCGCCGGCAUAUUUGGUUGUCUGAUUGGCUUAAACGACAUCGUAACCGCCAUCACUUUCGUUGCCUUGGGUACUAGUCUUCCAGAUCUGUUUGCCAGUAAACAGGCGGCCCAACAAGAGAAAAACGCUGAUAAUUCCAUUGGGAACGUGACUGGAAGUAACUCAGUCAAUGUAUUUUUAGGUCUCGGUUUACCAUGGGUUGUAUCCUCCAUAUACUGGACCGCUAAGGGUGAAUCGUUUGAAGUUCCCGCGGGAUCACUUGCAUUCAGCGUAAUGCUCUAUACAGUAUUUGCCAUUUGCUGUAUCGCACUCUUGAUGCUUCGGCGAAACAUUGCUGCGUUCGGUAAAGCGGAACUAGGUGGGAAUACAGGUUUGAAGAUCGCAUCGGCUGUUGUGUUGAUGACACUCUGGGUGCUUUAUGUUCUGCUGUCCUCCCUUGAAGUCUAUGGCAUCAUAAAAGCGGGAUUUUAA